AUGGCCGGCCGCCUCGGCCGCGGGUUGUGCUGGGGCAAGCGGGGCCGGGGCUGCCGGGGCGGGGGCGCGCUGCUGGCCCUGGGGCUUCUGGCCGCCGUCGGCUUCCUCGUCUGGCGGCACGGCCCGCCGCCACGCCACGCCGCCCGCCGCGCCCCGCCGCCGCCCGCCGAUGCCGAGCUGCUGCGGAAGCCGGUGUACGCGAAGCCGGCCCUGGACCCGGGGGCGCUGGGCGAGCUGGGCCGGGCGGUGCGGCUGGAGCUGAGCCCGGCCGAGAAGCGCCGUCAGGAGGAGAGCGUCCGCCGGCACCAGAUCAACAUCUACCUGAGCGACCGCAUCUCCCUGCACCGCCGCCUGCCCGAGCGCUGGCACCCGCUAUGCAGAGAGAAGAAGUAUGAUUAUUACAGCCUGCCGAAAACCUCCGUUGUGAUAGCUUUUUAUAAUGAGGCUUGGUCAACACUUCUGCGAACUGUUCAUAGUGUUCUUGAGACAUCUCCAGAUAUACUUUUGGAAGAAAUUAUCCUUGUAGAUGAUUACAGUGACAAAGAACAUUUAAAGGAGACUUUGGAAGACUACGUGGCUGGCUUACGCAAGGUGCGUCUUAUCCGCGCCAACAAGCGAGAGGGGCUGGUUCGAGCCCGGCUGCUGGGGGCAUCUGUGGCAAAAGGAGACAUCCUGACAUUCCUGGACUGCCACUGCGAAUGCCACGAGGGCUGGCUGGAGCCGCUGCUGGCAAGGAUUGCAGAAGAAGAAUCAGCUGUUGUCUGCCCUGUUAUUGAUGUUAUUGACUGGAAUACAUUUGAGUACUUGGGAAAUGCUGGUGAGCCACAGAUAGGCGGAUUUGACUGGAGGCUGGUCUUCACUUGGCAUAGUACCCCUGAAAGAGAACAAAAACGGAGGAAGUCCAAGACCGAUGUGAUCAGGUCUCCAACCAUGGCAGGUGGAUUGUUUUCUGUGAGCAAGAAGUAUUUUGAUUAUCUUGGUUCGUAUGACACAGGAAUGGAAGUCUGGGGAGGAGAAAACCUUGAAUUCUCAUUUAGGAUAUGGCAGUGUGGAGGAAGUCUUGAGAUCCACCCAUGCUCACAUGUAGGUCACGUUUUCCCCAAACAAGCUCCGUACUCACGGUCCAAAGCUUUGGCAAACAGUGUGCGUGCAGCUGAAGUGUGGAUGGAUGAAUAUAAAGAGCUUUAUUACCACCGAAACCCACAUGCUCGCCUGGAACCAUAUGGAGAUGUGACAGAACGGAGACUCCUUCGAGAGAAGCUGAAAUGUAAGGACUUCAAAUGGUUCUUGGAGAACGUGUACCCAGAGCUUCACGUACCCGAGGACAGACCGGGCUUCUUUGGAAUGCUGAAGAAUAGAGGAAUGGCAAACUUCUGUUUUGAUUAUAACCCUACAAAUGAACAUCAAGUAACUGGACACAGGAUCAUACUGUACCCAUGUCAUGGCAUGGGACAAAAUCAGUUCUUCGAGUACACAUCCCGUAAUGAAAUACGUUACAACACCCGACAGCCAGAAGUCUGUGCAGCAGUCGAUUCAGGGACUGACUAUUUGACAAUGUACUUGUGCCAAGAAAAUGUCCACAGUAUUCCUGAAAACCAGAAGUUCGUUUUCAGAGAGGACGGUACUUUGUUUCAUCUACACACCCAGAAGUGCGUGCAAGCCGAGUCAAAUGCUUACAACGGUAACCCAGCACCGUUAUUACGACCGUGUACCAACUCGGACUACCAAAAAUGGUUCUUCAAAGAAAGAAGUUGA